AUGGGAAGGUUUGUCCGGCAAAAUGGCGGGGGGAGGGGAAAGGGACACGGCAACGGUACGAACGCGGAGGAGACGAUGGGGGAGACGACGCACCCGGCGGACGCCGCGUUCGUCCUCCGCGGCGCAGACGAGACGAUCCGCAUCCAUAUGGGGAGGUGCGACUGCCUCGGGGCGCGCCUCGCCGUCGUCGUCGCAGGGUCGGGGUCGGGGUCGGGGUCGGUCGCGGUGGUUCCGCGCCUUGCGUCUGCGGCCACGACGGAGACGCUGUCUUCGACUUCGACGUCGGCAUCGUCCGUGGAGCAAGACAAAAAGCGGCGGCAGGAGAUCGAGCUGGGAGUGGGAGUGGGCGAGGGCAGCUUGGGGAUGCGGUGCCCAUCGGGGCGCAUAGCGACGUGGGAGGGCGGGGCGAAGGAGUUCGUGCUCGGAGAGCGGCGCGUCCGGCUGACGUUCCGGGCGUGGUGA